AUGGUCCAGAGGAUCCUGGGAGUCGCCUCUAGCAGGCAGGAGGUCGCCAAGUUCCUCAAAAGGGCGCUGGAAAAGGCCUCGGGUCAGCCUGGAGCCAGUCCCGGCGGUUUAGGGGAAGGUCACUCUGGAAGCUCACGGGGCCUUGUGGACUUUUUAAAGCCAACGAGCCUCUUUUCGCCCAUCAUAUCGACCGUUCAGCUGGCGUUUGGGGCGUCAAGUCUGCCUGAAUUCGAGCAUUUGUCCCUGGAAGAGUUUGGAGCUGCAGCUCUAAAGAAAGAGAGUUUUGACGUCGUGGUCGUGGUAUCUGAGGACACGUCAAAGUUUUACGGAGAAGAGGCUGCCAGUAUGCUCGAAAAGUAUCACGAUUUACUCUCCAGCGAUGGGCUAGUUGUCCUUGUCGUUCCGCAGGGCUCCCUGGUGGAAACCGACGAAAAGGCGAUUAAAAAGGAGUUCAUGUAUGCGGGAUUCGUAGGCGUGGAACUCGUAAAGGAUGCCGAAUGUAUAUUAGUAACCGCAAAGAGGCCAAACUGGAAGGUUGGCGGUGUUGAAUCGAGCAAGAUUGAAGCUGCUCCAAUCGAUAGCUACGUGUCCAAGGCGCCAGAAUACGAUUCGUGCGCUACGAAACCUAGAGCAUGUGCAAACUGUACAUGUGGGCGAGCGGAACGAGAAAAGAAGGACGCAGUAGCAUUGGCUGAGGAUGUGGAUGCUCCCACAUCCUCCUGCGGAAACUGCUAUCUGGGAGAUGCGUUCAGAUGCGAAUCGUGUCCGUACAAGGGUCUACCUGCGUUCAAACCUGGAGAAAAGAUUCUUUUGUAG